AUGGAUCAUUCGGCAUGUUGGAGCAAGGUUCCUUACGAGCUGGCUCUCUGCAUCUUCCAGAAUGUAACUCAAAACCUCAGCUACGCUCAACAAAAGCAAAACCUCGCAAACUUCGAACUCGUAUGCAAGAGCUGGAAAAGUCCUGCGCAGAGGUUGCUCUACGAUGAAAUUGUGCUGAGUGAAGAUCGCCAUGGACUUGCUCUAAAUACGAUCGAAAAACCUAAUAGCACCAUUGGAGCCCUUGUCAGGAAGAUCAAGUUUAAAGCCUCAUUUGACUCCUAUAGAGUAGACAAUGUUUUUGAUGUUCUUGCUGACAAGUGUCCCAACAUUGAGGAGCUAUUGGCAGAAAGUACGAGCGAAAAAUACAGCCUACUCAACAACUUGCUCUUAACAACAAAGUUCAGUCAUUUAAAAAGAAUCGACGAGGAUUUGCACCAUCGACAGGUCCUUCCCAUCUAUCCAUUUGUGGCCUUCAAGUACAGAGAGACUUUGACAGAAAUCUACAUUGAUGAUGAAUACGUACUUGGUGACUACGACUCAAAGGAGACCCUUAUCCGCGAACUCGGGCACUUUAAAUCUCUGAAGCAAGUAAUCAUCACCUUGUUCAUGACUGGACAGAGAAUGGAACGAAUUUUGGGCAAUUUACGGGGUACUGUGGAAACACUGAUUUUGCAGCACACUCAGGAUAGCGAAGGAAACUGGCGCGCGCUCGAUUAUAACAACAUGGUGCCCAACACCACCAUCAAGAAAUUAUCCAUCACGGAAGGAGCCAGACACGGACCCCGCCACACAGAGUAUUUCAAAUUUAAAUUUAAGGCUUUGGAGUGCUUCGAAUCAGUUCUUACCGACUUGGAGCAAGAGGCCGAUAUUCCGUACCUGGAUUUCAUAAUGUCCAUCGACGCUUACAACGUCAAUAUCACAAUCAAUGAAAAUGCUCGCAACAGAAUUGACAACAUCAUUAAACAUGCGGCCAAAAAAGAGACAUCCCGCAAGAACAAAGAGUUUGAAUUGGAUUUCGACUAUAUGCCUCCACCUCCAGCAUACGAUGACCCAUACCCAUAUGCGCAAUACAAUUGGAAUCUGGACUUGAUCAAGACCAAAAAGUCAAGUAGCGUCAAGUUGCAUUAUAUCCGAGAGAACACAGAUGACGACCCUCUGGAACGAUCCAUGUUUAUGAACGAUGUGUCCAACUGGCUCGCCGUAUAUUCGCCUACAGUGGUCAGGAUUUACAACAUUGAGCCCAUGGCAGAUCAUUACGCGUUCUUGCUGGAAAACCAACACCGCCCUGAAUUCAGCACAGUUGCUUAUGUUAGAAGAUAUUUUGCUUGGCUGUGUCGAGACAAGAGUUGGCAGUUGCUGGAUGACGCUAUCUCUGCGUUGGUUGGUAAAAAGGGCUAUGUUCUGUCGAUUGGUGAAUUGGUGCUCUGUGAUGAACCUGCGUCGACUCAGCUCAUGAUGUCCAAAUCAGAAACAGUAGAUUACAUCUCAAGAGUAGAAAUCAGAAAAUCGCUAAUCCAUUACAAGCUUCUCUCGCUGUUGUCUUGCAAAUUACCAAGAAUGGAUACCUUGAUGAUUGAUUCCAGCUGGAUUUUGAUGGACGAUGAUAUUUACACGCUAAAAAUUUUUUUGCCCUCAACACGAUUGCGUAGAAUCGGCGUUGUGAUUGCGCCAUUCAAUUAUGGUACUGGAGAUCAGACAGAGAGAAUCAUCUUGGACAAUGAUCGCUUAUUGGAAGCUACGACAAGCAAUGGAAGAUAUAUUCUCAAGAUUGAAUCUUCCAAAGAGAGAUACAUGAGCUACCGAAAGGGAAAUGAAAACAUUGGCAACGUGGAUAAAGACAAGGACAUCACCAAGGGAACUGAGCAAAACUUUUUGAUCUGGAUCAAAUGCGAACAUGUGGAAGAAUUUACUAUUGUUGGUGGAUUGGAUGAAGACGUCAACUGGCAGCCGACGUUUGAAGAUGUCAACUCAAUGAGAUGA